UAAGGAAUAGAAGGACUUGAUCCUUAGUACACGUGUCCUCUCGUUUUGUCCUCCGCGUCCUCUCUCUCAGAUCACAAGAUCCUGCAUCCUCCGACACCAUUGUGUUUCGUUUCGUUCCUCGCCUUCUAGCCUUCGGCCUCAUCACCGACUUCCUCUGGGCUAUUGCUUUUGUCUUGUACCUCUUUAAAGAACCUCACUCACUCUCUCUUUCUCUCUGUUACCAAAAAUCCCCAAAUCUUGAAAAGUUUUAGCCUUUUAGGGAUUGAAGACUGAGAGAGAGAGAUGAGUGCUUCAAGGUUUAUCAAGUGUGUAACAGUCGGCGACGGCGCUAUUGGAAAGACUUGUCUGCUCAUCUCCUACACUAGCAACACUUUCCCCACGGCCAGCUUCUUUAAAAAGGCUUCUCCUUCUCUCUGUUUUUCCUUCUUCUGGGUUUCUAAACACAAGAGAGGGAUACGAAAUGGUCCUAAGGCUCUUAAGCUUGUUCCUGUCAUCAUCCGCUGCAGGAGUUGCGGGAGAGUUAAGCUGCCACAUUUCUUCUGUUGCAGUGGUGAGCGGGGAAACCCUAGUGAGCAAGGCAAUUAGAAUAAAGUCGAGUGAUACUUUAGACAUAGUUGACUCUGUUUUGUCAGAUUAUUUGUUUUUUUUUUCCCUGCAAGAUCACCACACUCAUGGUUCUCUUGACAAGUUAUAUUAUUGUCAAUGCUUGUUGCAGAGUCUUGGCUAACUCAUUUAUA